AUUGAUUUCAAUUGUUUAUAAACAAAUCUUAUCUAUGUUCUCUAUGACAUUUAGGGAUUGUCUUUUAUGCCAUUCGAUUGGUUGUUCUUUGUGUGAUCGUAAUAAAGUCAAUAAAUUUGCACAAGGAAAACAAAUGUCAAGAUUUCGCCUGUGUGAACCGAUUAUUGUGUGAAACAUUUUUGUGAUUGAUAUAAUUUUGCCUCUGUUUAUGGAAUUAAGAUUACGGAUUGAUUGCGUUAAAUUGUGGUUUAUUAAAAUCACAGAUUGAAAAGGCUGGUCCCAAAAUAUGUUGAAAAACAAUUGUGACGUCACAAUUCCAAUCAGCUGAGGCGGUGUGUGGAGGGAGGGUUGAAGAAGACAGUGCAGCAAAACAAACAAGAUGGGUGGUGCAGUGAGCUCAGGGCGUGAUAAUAAUGAGCUGAUUGACAACUUAAUGGGCAGCAACUACAUCCGCACGCGAUCCGUGGAGCGGGUAUUUCGUUCACUUGACCGGGCCGACUACAUGACGCCCGAGGCUAGGGAUCAAGCCUAUAAAGACCUAGCCUGGCGGAAUGGGCCGCUCCAUAUGUCAGCGCCGUGUAUUUACAGUGAGGUGUUAGAAGGACUUGAGCUGAAGCCGGGGCUCUCGUUCCUGAACAUUGGCUCCGGCACUGGCUACUUAAGCACCCUUGUGGGGCUGCUCAUCGGCUCUAGUGGUGUUAACCAUGGGAUCGAAGUUCAUCCGUACGUCAUGGAGUAUGCCAUCAAGAAACUGGGACAAUUUAUCGAGAACUCACCUACUUUAGAUGAGUUUGACUUUUGUGAACCUAGGUUUUAUUGUGGUAAUGGACUGUGCAUCGCCCCGCUCCAAGCGCCUUACGAUCGUUUAUAUUGCGGGGCGGGGUGCCCCGAGGAGUAUCAAAACUACUUCAAACAACUAAUCAAGGUAUUCCAUAUAUUACCCCUGUCAUAUAUAGCACCAAGUAGAUUUUCUAUAACUAAUUCGUUUAUUAAUUUUCGUCAUGUAUAAUUUACACAGUAAUCCGUAGAGUAUAUUUAAUAGCUGUACGAGUAAUCAUUCUAUUACGAUUGAAAGUUAUUGAAUAAGCUUUUAUUGGAUUUGAAUUAAUCUGCUCUUUCUGCAGUUUAGUUAAGGUUACUGCUGGUGAGUGAUCUGAAGGCUAUCAAGCAACGGACGUCUCCUUGAGUACAAUACGGUUUUAGUAAGGGUAUUUCAUUCAUGUUAUCUUUCGUGGAAUAAGUGACGGGUAUGUUUUACACCUAAAUAACAUUUUAAUUCAUAGGACUUAUUCAUAUUCUCCAUUACUCUCUAUAAGUUGAAAACCGUUAACGGUGAGUAACUUGUACAAUUAACUCUUCUUGUGAACUUAAAUUGAUUCUUCUGAUAUUUAUGUAAAGGUGGGCGGAGUACUAGUGAUGCCCACGAACGACAACCUGGUACAGAUGAAGCGCGUCACGGAGGACCAAUGGGUAUCCCGGAACUUGCUUAACGUGUCCUUCGCGACUCUCAGGAUACCUACCAAAGAGGAGGCUUUAGAGCUCAUCAGGCCCGACGAGCAGUGCCCGGCGCGGCUGCAGGUGCUGGCGCGCGCCGUGGUGCGCGGCGGCAUGCGCGCGGCGCUGCUGGCGCGCCACCCACACCUGCGCGAGCCCCCGCCGCGCCGCCCGCAGCCAGCCAGCUCCUGUCCGCGCCGCAUCUGCAUCCCCAUCGAGGACGACAGCGACGUCGAGGGCCUCAAUGCGUUGCACGACCUGGACGAUGUGAGCGGUGCCAACGAAAUGAAUGCACUCUUGAGCCUCGUUCUUAGUAUGGGACAGAAUCGUGUCGCAGGCGCCUUGCGGUUCGAUUCUCUCGAUUCGCCUUUUGAAUCCGAAGACGAAGGCGAAGGUGAUGACAAUGGCGAUGGUGGUGACGGAGGCGGGAAUGGAGGCGGAGGCGGCGGAGGCGGCGGAGGAGGUGGGGGAGACGGGGGCGGCGGGGGCAGCGGGGGCAGCGGUAGUGGUAGUGGUAGUGGUAGCGGCGGGGAUGGCGGUGAGGGUGACGAGGGCGGUGACGGGCCGGCCCGGCCGCCGCGGCCGCGCGCGCCGCGCCCCGUGCGCUCACUGCGCGUGGAGCGGCCGGCGCGCGCCGAGCGCCACAUCCGCGCCGAGCGGGCGGCCGCGCGCGCCGCGGUGGCCGCCAACCCCGACGUGUACAACGACACCAUCUUGCCCGAGUACCUGCCCGAGCCCAAGCCGGUGCGCUCGUGUCGCGGUCUGCUCACCUUCGAGUUCCAGGACGAGCGCCGCCCCGUCACUAAUGCCUUUAGGCAAGACUCGCCUAGCACUUCCGACUCCUCGAAGACAGAUUCGGAUAGUGCAAAAUCAGAUCCUCUUAAAGUACCAGCCGAGGUAGAAAUAUAUCUGGGAAAAGAAGUUCCCAGCACGUCGCGUUAUGUGCAAUGGGAACGACAGAGUUCGGAGCCGAAACAGGAGUCCUCUAGUGAGGAGGACACUUCUCAAGAACAGAAGAGGAAAAAGCUGGAUAGUGGCAUCGGAGAGGGAACCACGACGUCUAGCAGUUCUUCGCCUGCCAAGUCUGAGUCCAUGGACGAGUCGGACGGGGACGCCGUGCAGCCUGAAAUCAUAUGUGAUGAGCUCGAACUCGAGUAUGACGAAAAUCUUAUCGGAGGUCGUCGCCGAAUCCAGAAGCGCGGGCACUGCGCGCAGUCGUCCACGUCGCCCGAGUACUCGGCCAGCUCGUCCACGACGUCGGGCGACCACAGCCGCUGCAAGCGCCGCGCUCCCGAGCGCGGACAAGACGAGCAAGACGAGCACGACGAGCACGACGAGAGCGAGGAGGCCGGCGAGCGAGCGAGCGAGCGCUGCGACCGGCACGGGCCCGACCACGACCACGACUACGACCACGACCGCAGCGAGUACGACGACAUGCGGCCGCGGCGGGCGGGCGCGGACGCGCGCCGCGUGCGUCUGUCCAUACUGAUGAAGCGCGGCGUCAAGGAGCUGCCGCUACCCUACGCCCUCAAGAAGUACGUCAACCUGGGCCGCUGCUUCGAGUUCUAAGUGCUGGCUGCCACUAUAUGUCCAACACGCCGUUUGGCGGUGCUGCGAUAUAUAUCAUUAUUUUAUGAGAAACUUUUUUAUCCGUGUUUUAGAGUUUAUAGAACUCCUAACAUCAAGCUUACAAAUGUUAAAAUGACCGCCAGAGUACUUAGUGGUUGAUAUUCAAGUUUUAUUCAAACUCUGUAGAGGUGUUACUAAGAUUAGACUGUAUCUGGCCAAAGUCAACCUGUUAUAAUGCCUUUAGUUAUUUAAUCCUUUUUUUUGGACUCAUGCUAUAAGACAUAAUUCAGAUUUACGUAUUUUUUAAACUGCUCCAUAAUAUAGUUUGUUUUAAUUAAAUCUUAAAGCUUUCAUAAUACAUACUAUGUAGGAUAUUUAUGUUGGUUAACUUUAAUGAUUGGCUACUGGCUUACACCUGAUGCAUGGGAAACACUAGUUCUAUCGAAAUGAAGAUACCAUUGACUGUGUAGAUAGGGAUACAUAUGUAUAACACUGUUUACUUAAAGAUUUUCUUCCAAUCUUUUCAUACAAAUCUGGUCAGCCCUGCACUAUGAAACUUAAUCAUGUACCGUAAUUACUGUAACUUGCUAAUAUUUUAUUUAAAGCCGUUGUUAUAGGGUCGUAAAUAAACAAAAUAUUGUUAGAUGUAUCAGACUGCAAAACUCAAAUAUUAUCGAAGUUAUACGAAAAAUAAUGUCACUGUAUAACAUUGUAUUUAACACCAUAAAAUAUUAAGAAAUGAUCUAAGAUCUCUUUGAGAAUGUAACAUUUAAAUUGUAAAUAUUGUUUAUGUAGGCUAAGUUCGGCCAUGACCGUAGAUCUGGAUGCAUGUCGGACGCUUCGGUUUUCCAAAUGGUCCGCCAUUUUGUUGUUCGCGGCCGAAACUGGCAGUCGAGAUGACCACAAGUCGUAUUGUAUUAAUGUUGCUGUUUGUUACUUCGUAGUCUCGAAACUUUACUAGGUUCAUAAAAUUUAUACGUUUUUGACUUGAGACGAUAUUAUUAAGAUAUUUAAAAAUCUGGUGCGAAACAUGACCACAUUUUUCGUUUUGCGAGUAAAUUGGAGCAUUCUAUAUUUUUUCAUUAUUUUAAAAUUUUACAUCCAAUACCAAUUCCUUUUUUCUUUCUGAUGGAAGCUUUAUUUCAAAUAGCCUCAAUCGAAACAGAAUUAUAGGGGUAAUUAUUGAAUAAUAAGAAAAUACACAAUAUGAGAAUAUACGCCACCACGAUAAAUGUGAUCAUGGUUAGUGCCGGGGACUAUAUUAAGUGAGCAGUUAUGACAUAUUCCAGUGUACUUACAUCUUUAAGAAUGUUAUUUUUAUACUGCAUAUUAACUAGGUUGGUUCUUUCGAUGCUUAGUUUCAGCCGUGCACAACAAAUAUAGAAUUUAUAAACAAUUUUCUACGCCUAUAUUUGGCGAGUACUGCAGUUAUUGUAGAUUAGUUGAUUAAUUAAGACUGUCGAUGCGCUGCCGUUCAAAUGGUGUAGUAGGAACAAUAUUGCGAGGUCAGAUUUAUUUUGUGUUGAUUAUUAAAUGUAUGCGAUAAAAGGCCCAGUCAUGGGUUAGGACUGAUACUUGAGGAAUUUGUUGUUUUGAACAUUCAUAAACAAAACAACGUAUCGUAAUCUAUAGACUAUUUUGUUUUUGUAAUGAGUUGUCAAAAUAUUUAAUGAACAACACAGUCAGUUUGCAGGCUUACCAUGGGAUCUAGUCAAUGUAGGACCUAUUCGUGUUGCCAGUUGAGGAGGCAGCGCAUAAUGUUGUGUCAUAGUAAAUACUUUAACUUUGGUCGGAUAUAUCGCUCCGUGUUAUACGCUGUCAGUUACAUACACUAAUAAUGUACUUUAUUAGGAUUCUGUAAAUGCGUUAUUUGGGUUUCAAGCUUACUGUAUCGUCAAUAAAUCCGCGUUGCGAGAAGUUAUAAUAGUCAUAGAGCGUUGAUUUAUAAAUAUCAUAUACGAUAUUAAAGCAAAAUGAAUUGUGUAUAUUAUUAUAAAGUUGAAAUAAAGUAUAGGAAUGUUGCCUGUGUGCGACUAACGAUGGUUCAUUAUUCGCUAUACAUAUAUUGUAAUGGACGUUCACGUUUGGUCUCCAGUCUCGAGCAGACUGCAUUACAGAUCUAAUAACGUUAGCUUUCAUGUACAUUAUAAGGUGCUUGUUAUGUUCUGUUUCAUACAUUGUAUAAGGAAUGUUUUAGCUGAUUCAUGUGUUUGUCUGUCAAGUCAUUCUACUGGCAUUCGGAUAUAGUUUUGCUUUGUAUAAUAGUGUUAUUGGCGGGUCUAUGAAACCCAUGUGUAUAUUUUUAAUAAUACAAAAUGCCUAUAUUUUCAGUCGCAACAAGCGUCAUACUCAACCAAAGUUGAGUAUUUAUAUCGACUUCAGCUGGGGCCAUACUCUACUGUUAGUCAGCGAUAUUGUUUGAUUAUAAUCUCAGUAUGUUAUAGCAAUAUUGUCAUUACGGAGGUUACGACUGCACUUAGCUCCUAUGUCACCUCUUGUAAAACAAUAUCACGUUAACAGUAGAUGAUGUCUCUAGUUGUUGGGUAGUUAUGAUAAAUGUUUAUACGAUAUUAAUUUGGUGUACAUAAUAUGUCAUUUGUUUUUGUUGCUAGUAUUAAAAUUAAAAUGAUUUUAUUAUGA